UUACAUUUGGCACAAUGCAGUCAGGCAAGUACUGUUCUCCAGGCAACCGCCAAAUCUAGACACGUCCACCGUAAUUGGUCACUCCAGAGAACACGUCUCCACUGCUCUAGAGUCCAGUGGCGGUGUGCUUUACACCACUGCAUCCGGAGGUCUACCACUUCAUGGCUGACUUACUGUUGCUCCCAGUUGCUUCCACUUUGUCAUAAUACCACUAACAGUUGAGAGUGGAAUAUUUAGUAAAUUUAGGAAAUGUCAUGGAUGGACUUAUUGCACAGGUGGCAACCUAUCACAGUAGCAUGCUUAAAUUCAUUGAACUCUUGCCCCAUUCUUUCACAAAUGUUUGUAGAAGCAGUCUGCAUGCCUAG